AUGGUAAUGGGCCACAUUAUUGAUGAAUUAGGCAAAAUUACUGCCAAAGAGUUAUUAAAAAAUUCCACUUAUCCAAUUAUAAAAGAUUCAAGAAAACAUAAAAAUUUAUUUGAAUUAAUAAAUGUCUUUCCGAAUUACGGUGUCGGACUUAAAGUGGCACCGAACCAUUGGAUUCAGAAAGGUAUUCGUGAAAGUUAUUUUGAAAUUACAAAAGUCAACCCCAGAAUGAAGAACAUAAAUCACGGAAAGGCAUUUGGGAUUAAGGUUUGGAAAGUAUUAAACGAAAACGAAGAGCGAAUUCAUGGAGCAUUGAAAUGGGGUUGGUAUAGAUGGAAAGAAGGAAGAAUUGGUGGAUGGAAUUAA